AUGGGCCUCCCCUUCAAGAUGACUCGUUUUAAGGCCGCUUGCUGGCUUGCUCUUCUUCUUCCUGCCAUCAUCGUUUCUGCCCAUGGUCAUGUUGAUGAGAUCAUCAUCAACGGUGUGUCUUAUCAAGGCUAUGGCAGCACUGACUUUCCCUACAUGGAGAACCCUCCUGUCGUUGCUGGCUGGACCAUCUCGCAGCGAGACAAUGGUUUCGUUUCCCCUGAAGCCUAUGGCGAUCCUGAUAUCAUCUGCCACCGCGAUGCCACUCCAGCUGAGGGCCACAUCGAAGUCACGGCAGGCGACGUCAUCACCCUCCGAUGGUCAGGCUGGCCUGAAAACCACAUCGGCCCUAUCUUGAACUACCUCGCCAAUUGCAAGGGCCCUUGUGAGCGAGUUGACAAGACUGAACUUGAGUUCUUCAAGAUUGAUGGUCUGGGUCAACUUGAGCAGGGCACUCCUGGCAGGUAUGCAGACAGUGUUCUUCAAGAGAAUGGAGACAGGUGGAACGUCCGAAUUCCAGAGAACAUUGCGCCUGGGAACUACGUCCUCCGACACGAAAUCAUUGCUCUGCACAAUGCUCUUGAGCGAGGCGGUGCCCAAAACUAUCCACAAUGUUUCAACCUCAGAAUCACAGGCGAUGGUUCCGACUCUCCAUCUGGCUACCUCGGUACUGAGCUUUACGACAUCGAAGAUCCUGGAAUUCUUGUCAAUGUCUACUCUAGCUCUGUUGACUAUGAAGUCCCUGGCCCAACCAUUGUUGAAGGAGGGACAUCAUCUGUUGAGCAGAGCCCCUCCAGAGCUACAACGACUGCAAAGUGUACCACUAGGUACUAG